AUGCGACUCCUCGAAUGCAAUGGCGGAGGCGUUCGCCUGAUGGAGUUUCAACCGGGCAGCAUUCCUGAGUAUGCCAUACUGUCGCAUACCUGGGGAUCGGACGGGGAUGAAGUCACCUACAGCGACAUGAUAGCCGGCAUUGCCCCCCAGAAAGUGGGAUACGACAAAAUCACGUUCUGUAGGGAACAAGCGAAACGUGACAAGCUCCGAUACUUCUGGAUUGAUACCUGCUGCAUCAACAAGAAUAACGGCCCAGAGCUACUUGCUUCCCUCAACUCCAUGUUCGCAUGGUAUAAGGAUUCAAAGAAGUGUUAUGUAUACCUCUCAGACGUUUCUAAAAGGACCGAACAACCCGGUCUUGAAUCUGGCAUUGCUUCAUGGGAACUGGCAUUUCGCAAUUCUAGAUGGUAUACUCGCGGUUGGACGCUCCAGGAGCUUAUUGCGCCCAGAUCAGUUACUUUCUAUUCUAAAGAAGGUCACUUCUUGGGCGAUAAAACCACACUGGAGAGUCUCAUUCACGAUAUCACACGCAUUCCAGCCAUGGCUCUCCAAGGUAGCCCCUUGUCGCAUUUCACUGUCGAGGAUCGGUUUGCAUGGAUGAAGAGCCGCACAACCAAGGAACCAGAAGAUAUGGCAUAUGCAUUACAAGGAAUUUUUGACAUCUUUUUGCCUAUGAUGUAUGGCUGCGGGAAAACACAAGCAAUGCAAACACUUAGGAGAUCGAUUCAUGAUGAUGAGAUUGCAAGGCUUUCGGUCACCGAUGCAGACACCUAUCUUCGGAACGAUCACUAUAACGACGAGAGAUUAAAAAUCGAACGAUUAUCGAGAGCAAGGCUUUCCAUGAGACACUGCUACAUCAAUCUUGCAAUUAUUAAGAGAGGCCGGGGAAAAUUGAUGGAAGAAGAGCCACAGGGCGAGUCAUCACCAUUUGAGAUCGCUCACCGACUCAAGAUCCAGGAUCUGAAAGAGGACAUCAAAGCGGACCUUGCUACAUUAUUUGACACCUGCCAGGACUCCGACAAUAGAAGGAUCUUGAUUCGCGGGCGUGCUGGUGUUGGCAAGACCACGCUGUGUAAAAAGAUCGUCUUUGAAUUUGAGCGGCACGAGCUCUGGAACAAUUUGUUUGAGAGAAUACUCUGGUUCCCACUCAGAGGGCUUAAAACCUGGGCGAGCAAUAACUGCAACCUGAGGGAGUUUUUGCAUCACUUUUACUUUCGACAUCAUCAGUUUGGUGUCGCUUUAGCCGACCGACUGGCGUCCGCUAUUGAUUUCGAUGGACACCGAUACGAGAAUGCAAAGACCCUGUUCAUCCUCGAUGGCUUAGACGAGGUCGCUAAUACAUGGAAUCCGGGGGAUGCAAAGUAUGAUUUCCUCGUCCGGUUGCUGAACCAACCGAAUGUGAUCAUAACAUCACGUCCCCAUGCUCAGAUCCCGGAGCAUGUUGCCCGACACAUUGACCUCGAAGUAGAAACGAUAGGAUUCUACGCAAAGCAAGUGGAAGAAUAUCUACAAAUGGCCUUUGGAGACACAGAAAAGGCGGCCAAGGCGCAAGAAGUUCUGAGGACGUUUCCUCUCAUUGAGAGCUUAGUUCGGAUCCCAAUACUGCUCGAUGCUUUUUGUUUCACAUGGGAUACCCUUAGUCUGACCGGCAAUCAUACGACACGACAGACAAUGACGUCCUUCUAUCAGGCCAUUGUCGAAGAGUUACUCAGGAAAGAUGUCGUGCGAUCUGAAAAGCCUAAUGGGCAGCCAGUCACUGAAACCACCGCGGCCGGGCUGCUUGCUUGUCAACUUGAAGCCCAAUCCGAGGAGCAGCUGCGUCUUCUUGAAGAUCUCGCCUUCACGGGAAUGUUUCAUGACAUGAUUGACUUUGAACCCCGCCACCGCAAUGUCGUCUUGGAAAAGUAUGGGCAUCAUAGAAACAUUACAUUGGUUGACCAAUGUCUAAGAUCUUCUUUUCUCCGCACAUCAGAUUUCAAUGAGACCACAGGUAGCGUGAGCUAUCAUUUCCUGCACCUGACAUUUCAGGAAUUCUUUGCGGCGAAAUAUUUCGUACGCCAGUGGACUUCCGAAAGGCAAAUAGUAUGCCUGGAUCUGGGUAGCAGAACGACUCGAGCUAUGCAGAGGGAUGAUUUCCUUGCGAGAUACAAGUAUGAGCCCAGAUACGAUAUCUUUUGGCGUUUCGUUGCUGGGUCAAUCGAUGCCCAGGGCCAAGAGGAAGUGACUCGCUUUUUCCGGAUGUUAGAGGAUCCUCAAUCGAGGGACGUGCUGGGACCAGUACACCAGCGACUCAUCAUGCACUGUCUGGCAGAGGUCUCCCUGCAAACGAGUUUGAGAGCAGACUUGGAGCUGAAGUUGGAAAAAUGGCUAGUCUUCGAGAUCAAGCUCAAGAAAAAGUCUACAUUUCCAAGAGAGUCGGAAUUUCCAGAAAGCAUUUUUGCCAAAAUCGCUGAUAGCGAGGACACAAGAACCAUAUGUGAGGUGCUGGAGGCAUUGCGCCGUCGGACUACUAUAGCCAAUACACUCCUGCCUCCUAUUCUCACCUGGCUUAAUGAUCUUAAUAAGGCUGUUAGGCGCCUUGCGGCUUUUGCCCUACACAGUCGGGCAUCUGACCCUCAGGUGCAGGGGGCCCUCUUAAACCGGCUUGAUGAUGAUGAUAAUGGUUUUGUUAGAGCGGCUAUAGCCAAUGCCCUCCGCAGCCAGGCAUCUAACCCUCAGGUGCAGCAGGCCCUCUUAGAGCGGCUUGAUGAUGAUCAUGAUUUUGCUAGACGCUAUGCGGCUAUUGCCCUCCGCAGCCGGGUAUCUGACCCUCAGGUUCAGCAGGCCCUCUUAAACCGGCUUAAUGAUAAUGGUCCUCUUGCUAGAGGGGCUGUAGCUAAGGCCUUAGGCAGCCGAGCAUCUGACCCUCAGGUACAGCAGGCCCUCUUGAAGCAGCUUCGUGAUGAUGAUAGUCUCACUAGAGACGUUGCAGCUGAUGCCUUAAGCAGCCAGGCAUCUAACCCUCAGAUGCAGCAGGCUCUCCUAAACCAGCUUAAGGAUGAUAUGGCUCGUGUUAGACAGGCUGCAGCUAUUGCCUUGAGCAGCCAGGAAUCUAGUCCUCAGGUGCAGCAGGCUCUUAUAAACCGGCUUAAUAAUGAUGCUGCUGCUGAAGUUAGAGAGGCUGCAGCUAGUGCCUUGAGUUGCAAAGCAUCUAGCACUCAGGUGCAACAGGCCCUUUUAACCCAGCUUAAGGAUGACAAUGCCGGUGUUAGACGGGCUGUUGUUUAUGCCUUAAGCAGUCAGCUAUCUAGCACUCAGGUGCAGCAGGCUUUGAUAAACCGGCUUGAUGAUAAUGAUACUGAUGUUAGAAGGACUACAGCUAAUGCCUUGAGCAGCCGAGCAUCUAACCCUCAAGUGCAGCAGGUCCUCUUGAACCGGCUUAGUGAUAAUAUGAGUCCUGUUAGAGGGGCUGCAGCUGAUGCCUUAAGAAGUCGGACGUCCGACCCUCAGGUGCAGCAGGCUCUUAUAAGCCGGCUGAAUGAUGAUGCUGCUGCUGACGUUCGAAAGAUUGCAGCUGCUGCUUUGAGCAGCGAGGCAUCUAGCCCUCAGGUGCAGCAGGCCCUUAUCGGCCGGCUCAAUGACAAUGUGCCAGCAGAAAGGGCUCUUUUAGAUGCUUUGCAUCUGACUGGAUUUGGACCUUUUGACAAAAGGCACAUAAAGCAAUUUUAUGCUGGCGCACUUGAUCGAGGCUUUGAAAGUCACUAUUGCUGGCAGCUCCAGCCUAACGGGUUGCGUGUGGUCACGCCCCAGAAAACAUCAGACUUGACUGUUACUGGCGAGCAUAUCACAUGUGUCAAGGAAGCCCGGGAGGAGAAUGGGACCCCGGACGCCGAAGAACCAAAUGAGAGAAAAAGGAAAAGAGAAGAUGAUUCCUCGGCAGGAUGA